ACUGUGUUAUUACGUUUGUUUCGUGUUCUUUAAAAUUAAGUCGAGGAAAACUCGAUGGAAACUUAAGUGUUGAGCCAGACCAUAGUUUACAGUUAACAGUCAGUGCACAGAGACCGCCAGAGACACAGAUUACUGGAGACCAGCCAGAGAAUGCUUUCAAAGUGCCAAUAAGAUGCCAAUGGGUCAUAGAUGCCAGCAAUAUGGUGUCGCAGAAUACUUCCAUCAUCGUAUAUCUGACGCAGUUGUUUACAUUUGAAGGUUUAACCUUCACCGAGUACCAACUCUACGGCAGCGACUACAAAAUCAACCCGAAAAUCAUCCACAAAGUCAACGAGACCAACGUGGUACGUACCCGCUGGGUUCAAACGUACCAGAGCUUCCUGGUCAUCGAGCUGAAACUCCAAACAGCUGAGUCUUCUCAACUGAGGGUUCUAGACAAGUUCCUUGACGUUUAUGGGUUCAAUAUAACCUACGAAAUAACCAAUGGGGGUCCAAGAAGUCCAUCUUGUACUAUGACAGAUUGUGGGUUUACUGGAAUUUGCUACGAUCAUUAUACAAAAUUCAGCUGUAGCUGCUUUAAUGGGUAUACAGGGUCAAACUGUUCAGAAGGACCAAAAUCUUUUUGUUAUACGAAUGGAACACCGACUUGUAAAAAUGGCGGCACUUGUUUGUAA